AAAUAUAAUUCGAUGUUGCUUUCGAUCGGUGACUACUUAUCUCAAUUAAAGUCUUGUCACUAAGAUUACCCCAAUUUACUUUACGAAUCGUUGUACAACGCACAUUAUCCUCCCGCCUUAUCGGCGCCUCCCGACAGUGCGUUAUUCAGUUGGACCUCUUCUCUCCGCUCGCACGCAUUGGCGCCUGAAUCUUUUAUGAUCCGAUACUCUCAGUAUUACAUUAUUGCAGUGAUCUUUUUGUCAGGAGAAAGUAAUAAGUGCAGAUUGUGAUUCAAAAUGGGUUUGGAAAAACGUACUGUGAAAAUUAUUGUGAUUGUGGCCGUUGUUUUACUUGUGAUCGGUGCCGUCUUAGGUCUGAUUCUCGGUUUACUUCUGCAUCAACGUUAUGUGGAACUGGAAGUAUGGCCCCGUUCCGAGGAGUACACCUGGGAGCAGCCCCUCAUCCAGUUCAGACCUUCAGAUACCGGCAGCUGGCACCCUUGGUUCAGGCGGAUGAACGAGUUUCUAAAGGCAUACGAGACCACCAUCCCCGAGGACCCGCCUCGCGCGCCCUGCUCGACUCGCAACAAGCGGGACGACCCCAUCCGCUCCAACAACUGCGAGAUUGCAAUGAGGAUGUGGGCGCCCUGCACUGCUGACGAGUUCUACGGGUACAACAUGGGAAGACCCUGUGUGUUCCUUCGGCUGAACCACAUUCACUACUGGGUGCCCCACCCAUACAAUGUGUCCACGUCUCUGCCCAUUCCUCCGGAAAUGCCUGAAAAUAUGAAGCAAUUUAUGAUGAAUCGUCCAGCGCAGCACUUCGGCGACUACGUGUGGGUAUCGUGUGGCGGCGAGUACAACUCGGACAAGGAGAACAUCGGGCCUAUCCAAUACAUACCGGCGGGGCUGCCCCCCGGCUUCCCCCUGAGCCGGCUGCACACAGCUGACAAGAUCCCCUACGCUAACAGGAACCUCCCCGACCAGAUCCCGCCGCCAUUGAUCGCCGUGUACUUUGAGAAUCCUCGCCGUGAGGUCCUGAUCAACGUGGAGUGCCGGAUCUGGACCAGAGACAUCUACUACGACCAGUCGAGCCGCGUCGGCCGAGCCCGUUUCGAGUUGUUUGUGAACAAUUAAGCACAAAACAUGAUGUCUGUGCUUCAUCUAGCAUUAAACGGCUUUAAAACCUUUUCAGCCUGCAAGGCUUUUGUAUUUGUGGUAAAUUGAAUGGUAAGAUGUCAGUAGCAGCUACAGAUUGUGUUGGUAGGACUACUUACUAAGGCUUGAAAUGAAUGAACAACACUACACAUCUCAGAAUAUGAACUAGGUAGUAACAACUUUUACAUCCAUACAUUUUCAAAGUAGGUAUUUAUAUCACUACGCUAUCUUAAAGGCAUUUAUUAUUAAGAUCUCCCUCCAUUUGAGCGGUUCCAUUUUUCAAAGGAAUCAGCUUACCAGAAAUAAACUGACUGGAAGAGAAAAUCUAUAGAAUUUAAGUUGCGUUUUAUAUGUAGGUACUUAUUUGUAUGUAUUUGAACUGUAAGCUUCAUCAAGUUGAGAAUAGACGUACAUAGGUUUGAGACUAGAAAAUAUAAGUACUUAAGUACUUAUUACAUUUUUUACCUUAUAAAAAUAUAGUAGUAAGUUUAACCUUUUGCUUACAUGCAUUUCUCUAAACAGUUGCAUGAUAACUCAUGCAUGCGCAUUUGGCCCACAUUCGCUUUUAACUCAUGCGUGCAUCAAUCAUCAUUCAUCAUCAUGCAUUGAAGGUAGGUAAGUAAUUUACAGUUAACAUCUGUUUAAUGUUAUUAAAGUGCAUACACGAGUGUCUUUACGAUUAGUAAGAUAAAUUAUAACAUUAUAAAUAAUAAUAUUAACUACCUAAAAUAAAGUCAAUUUUAUGUAUGUUACAAAUUACGAUUGCAUUUCUACUCUUAUAAUAUUUAAAUAAAUCUGCAAUUUGCAGGUAGAGCAGUAGAAUAUUAUUUUACAUUAUUGUUCUAUUAUAUCAGAAGUUAUUAAUAGUAGGUAUGAUUGCUGUGAAUGUUAAUUAAAGUUUUCAAAUGAUCUUGAUCAAAUCACAAAAACGGCAAGUAUCGUACCUACUUCUUUUCUUGCAUUCUUCUACGUCUAUUUUAAGAACUCUUAGUACCUACCUAAAUACGAAGAUUAUUUUUAUCUUGUUUUUACUUUAAAGUAAGUAACUACCUAAUUAGUUUUAAGUCUGACUGUAUCAUUUGUGUAGUAUUUACCUUUUUAAGAACAAUCCUAAGUAGUAGAUUUAUGGUUUGUUUUAUUUACGUGUGAGUGUUACUUAAAAAUAACUGUAAGUUUGAUGUGAAAGUAAUUGUUUUGUUAAAUUAUAAAUGUUAAUAUAAAAUAAAUAAAUGUU